AGCUCAGGGAAAGUUUCAGAUAAAGACUGGCCGGAAAACAUUCGGAGAGCUUCUUCACACUCGCGCAGGAGACACGAAACAGCGUUAUUAUCCAGAAUGUUUCGCUGUGGAAUCUCGUAUCCGAGGUGCAGGUGGAUCCUGCCUCUGCUCCUGCUGUUCGCGAUUAUUUUCGACUUCAUCGCCAUCGCAGCGCAGUCCGGAUGGGUGGAGGACGAGAACGCGAAGACGCACUACGCCAGCAUGUGGAAGCAGUGCCGAGGCCGCAACGAUCAGUGGGACUGUAAAUCCCUCAUGGAGCUCCCUUGGGCCCAGGCAGUCGCUGCUCUGAUGAUCAUAGGCCUCAUCAUCCUCAUCUUCGCCUUCAUCGUCUCAUUUGUGGCUCUCUGCUGUUCCCUCAACGUCACUCUGCUGCCUGUAGUCGGAUGCUUACUAAUUGUGGCUGUAAUCAUCCAGAUAAUCGCUCUGAUCAUCUACCCUGUCAAGUUCAAUGAGCAGAUCUAUGAAGGGUAUUACGACUACACCUGGGCGUAUGGUUUCGGCUGGGGGGCGACCAUCUUGAUGCUGGGCUGCGGGAUCCUCUUCUACUGUCUUCCUCGCUACGAAGAUGAGCUUGCUGGCUUGGCCAAGACCAAAUACAUCUACACCUCUGCCUGAAACCCCAAAUACUUCUUUCUUUUAGAAAGGACAAUGUUAACCCGCCCAAGCCCUAAAAGUCUGUGCUCGCCAAUCUCCAAAAGCAUCAUCAUCUUCCCAAACCAAACAUAGGACCACACUGACUUUGAUGAGGACUGUCCUUGCCCUUUUAUCUAACUUUUGGAACUAAUGCAAUUAAUAUUUAAUUAAUAAUCAUCCACAAACAGACUGUUCACAAACAGAAAGUUUAUUUUUUUAAGUCACUGAGCACAGAUUGAACUCCACAGAGCAUUAUUCUGAAUCUUCAUAUUGCACAUUUUACAUUAUAGCGUCCUUCACAUAUUACAUGUACAUAUAAUUAAUUCCAUUAAGUAAUUUCAUUAAUACAACUCAGAAAACAUUAGGUGCAUGUAGUUUGCUUUAGAAUUUACACUGUAACAUGACCUGCCAUUUUAAAAAGUUUUGUUAUUUGUAUAUUUCUUGAACAUCUCUACAUAUCAACAUAAAGAAAAUCUUUUUUUUUACAUGGAUGUGUCAUUCCAUGUCAGUCUGUAGUGACUGUGCAUGCUUGAUUGCACACUUCCCUAAAGUGCUCUUACUGUCAGCGAAAUAUUAAAAAAGAGUGUGCUUUGUGUUUGGCUGACCAAAGUGAAGUGAACUAAGAUUAGAAAGGUUUUUAUUUUUAUUUUUUCUAAUCGUGAGCAUGGUUUUAUAGUAAAAUUGGUGAGCAAGUGGAUAAAAACACAAAACACAGCAACCUGAUGUUUUUCUGUUUUCAGAUAUUGAAAAAUCUUGUUGCAUUCACGCUGUCAUCAUUUAAUUUCAAUUAGACUGAUGUGUAUGUGGAAAAAAAAUUGUAUAAAAAGUACUUGGCUUGUAAACUUUGCAAAAUCAUAGGGUUUUUUUGUGUAUUUUACUAGAUUAUAUUGUUUGUUUUUGCUUAGUUUUUUGUGUUAGUUUUUUCACUCUCCCAUUUGUGGUUCUUUUUGUGAUAUGAAUAUGAAUACCAAUCUUCAAUAAAAGGGAGCCUUGCUGUUAAGACACCAA